CUCAGCACCAAGUGCAUCCAUAACCAUGGAUUCCUUCGAACCAAGGGUGCAGAUGCUCGAGGAUUUUGAGGUCCGGAAACCCUCUGUAAUAAAAUACAUAUCUACUACUGACCUAUGCUAGGCUAGACCCCCUAAACAAAGGGAUCCUUUCCCAUCAAAAGAAGAGUAGUGUUACUGUAUAACCUCCAGCCUUUUUCAGCCCCUCCCUCCAUCUUUCUUCUGACUUUCAUUUUCUUGGUCGUCAGUCAGUUUCAACUUCUAUCUUUUCUGCAUUCUGUAACAGUGUCGUGUGUUUUUUGUUAUUUUACCCAACCCUCAAUGUUUAAAACCUAUGUCUGUGGUGUUGAAGCUCACAAGGCAACGGGCAACUGAUGCAUAUACAUAUAUAUAUAUUUGUUUAUUGAUUGUUUAUUGUGAUCUCUUAUGAAAGUUGCUUUGUAGCUAUCCAUAUAAUCCCCUUCUGUAGCACAGAGGUUUCGUAUUCAUUUCGUAACAUCCCUCAAGAAAAUGACUAAAGAUGAAGACUAUAAGCUGCUCAAGAUCCAGACUUGUGUUCUCAGAGUAAACAUACAUUGCGAAGGAUGUAAGCAGAAAGUCAAGAAACUCUUGCAUAGGACUGAAGGGGUUUACCAAGUGAAUAUCGAUGUAGAGCAGCAGAAAGUGACUGUUUCAGGGAGUGUGGAUUCAGCAAGCCUGAUCAAGAAAUUAGGGAAGGGUGGGAAGCAUGCUGAGCUGUGGUCUCAGAAGAACUGCCUGAAUCAGAUUCAGAAGCAUAAGGAUGCCUGUAAUAAAGACGAUGGAAUUGGGAAGGGGACGAAGUUGGGACAGGGACAGGGACAGGGACAGGGGCAGAAGGGUAAUUUGGCUAAGGGUCUUGAAGCCCUAAAAUGUAACCAGAAGUUUCCUUCGAUUUCCGACGAGGAUGAUGAGUACGUUGGCACGGACGAUGAUGGCGACGACGAUUAUGAAUUCGAUGAAGAGGACAUGCAGGUGCUUUUCAGGGAGAAAUUGAAUCAAUUAGCUAUGGCGGAAGCUGCCAAGAAAGGCGUCGGGGCUGCGGCGGCGGCGGGCGCCACGUCUUCCAACGCCGCCGUGAACGGCGGAGCUGGGAAGAAAGGGAAUUGUAAUCAGAAUGGUGUGGGUAAACCGGGCUCGAAUUCCGGAGGGAUUCACCAGAAAACGCUGGCGGCUCUUCAGAGUGCCGCCGGGAACAGGAACGGCGGCGGGGUUUCCGGCGAGGGAAAAAUUGGAAAUGAUAUCAACGCCGUCCUGAACCUUGCCGGCUUCCAUGGCAAUGGUGGCGCCGCUUCGCAUAAUCCCGCCGCCGCAGCCAUGAUGAUGAACAUGGACGGAAAUCAUCAGGCGCAGUACAUUAACCACCCGUCGUCGUUGAUGAUGAUGAACAGGCCGGCGUUGCAUCCGCCGCCGCCGCGGGUGAUGUCGUACAACAUGUCUCCGUCGAUUCCUCCGACAACUGGGUAUUACUACAACUACGGCCACGUCGGAUACGGCGGCGGAGCUGAUCAUCACUCUUCUGCCGGCGGCCUCGUCUUCGCCGACGACGACGUCGGCGCUUGUUCGAUUAUGUAAGGUAAACGCAGAAGUUGAAAUCGUGUCCAAAUUAGGGUUUAAAUUGUAUCUUAAAUUAGGGUUUGUAUUUAAAUCUCCGUUAUGCUUUGCUUUGUGGAUCACAUUCUAUUCGGUACGGACAUUGCCAAGACAAUGAAUCAGUAUUUGGAUUAAGCAACAGAUA